UUUUUUGUUUGUUUCUUUCUUUGUAUUUUAGAUUCUCACACUUUCUCGGAAAAUUUCUCUGCUUGUUUUUGGUGUUUUUUUUUGUUCAUUUUUUUACUUGUCAUCCGAUCUAGAACCACAACUAAGAAUAGAGAGAAAAGAAUAUAUAACUCUCUCUCUCUCUCUCUCUCUCUCUCUCUUGCUGAGUGCUUGACUAGUAAUUUGAAUUUCUUACUUACAUAUUUAUGUUUUUGUUUUUGUUUUUAUAGAAAAAAAAAAAAAAAAAAAAAAAAAAAAAAAAAGAAAGAAGAAGAAGAAGGAAAAGCUAGGGUUAGAGAGAGAGAGAGAGAGAGGGAUGGGGAGGGGGAAGAUUGUGAUAAGGAGGAUCGACAAUUCGACGAGCAGGCAAGUGACGUUUUCGAAGCGGAGGAACGGGUUGUUGAAGAAGGCGAAGGAGCUGGCGAUUCUUUGCGACGCCGAGGUUGGAGUCAUGAUCUUCUCAAGCACUGGCAAGCUCUAUGAAUUCUCCAGCACCAGCAUGAAGUCAGUAAUUGAAAGGUACAACAAAACAAAAGAGGAACUUCAACCAGGGAACCCAACCUCAGAAGUCAAGUUUUGGCAAAGGGAGGCAGCAAUGUUAAGGCAACAAUUGCAAAACUUGCAAGAAAACCAUCGGCAAAUGAUGGGUGAAGAACUCUCUGGGAUGACUGUCAAAGAUUUGCAAAAUUUGGAGAAUCAAUUGGAAAUGAGUCUUCGGGGUGUUCGUAUGAAAAAGGACCAAAUCUUAAUGGAUGAAAUAGAAGAAUUAAAUCGAAAGGGAAACCAAAUUCACCAAGAAAAUAUGGAACUGUAUAAGAAGGUAAACUUAAUCCGUCAAGAAAACAUGGAAUUAUAUAAGAAGAAAAGUUUCGGAUCCCAGGUUUAUGGAACAAGGGAUGCAAAUGGAGCAAACAGAACUUCCCUUCUCUUAGAUGGUCUUGGCAUUGGAGAGGACUCACAUGAACCUGUCCAUCUCCAACUUAGCCAGCCACAGCAACAAAACUAUGAGACACCAACAAGAGCUACAAAACUGGGCAGACUACAACUGCAAUAAUGAAGAAGAUGCAUCUCGAGUUGGAUGCUACUUGGUCUCUACCAAUAAAAUGGCCUGUGGCUAUAGAAUUACGUUUCUAUCUGUGAGGUAAGGUAUAAGAGCCACCAACAAUUCAGUAAGAAGAUACUUUGAAAUGAUCAAUGACACCAAAUUUAGCAUGUGUGUGAUGAGCAAUUAAACCAGCUACUUAUGUAACAAUAAGAUUAACUGUAAUAAAGAGUAGUUGAAAUGCAA